ACUCUGAUGUUAUUUUUUAACGUACUAACGGGGAGAGACUGCACGAUGUUGAGCACCUCUUCCCCGACUUAAUUAGCUUUCUGCGAGUGUCCACGCUAAUGUCGGACGUGACGAGGAAGUUUUGAAGCCGUUCCACCCGUUUUGCCUAUUUGUGAUCGAUGUUCGUGACGUCGGUUGCUCGGGGCUCGAAACUAGGGAUUGGCGGUUUUAUUGCGCCAUGUUGUGCUGGCCUGCCUGUUGAAAUUUCCUGCUGGCAUUGUCAUCCAUGAUGUCGAUAUAUCUUUGUCAAUUUUCCUGUUGCUUUAAUUUAGCACUUCUGACACCAAUGUAAGGGCGACAUGAUGCUUGAUGACUUAGAAGCGGGUGCGGCUUGCUCGUUAGGAAUUUUAGAGCUUCGGUUGCCAUCCUAAGAUGUGUCUGACUAUACUUGGAUAUUACAUCCAGUUCUUUUUUUCUACUUUUUGUGCACGUACACAGGCCAUUGAUAUGCGAGAUGUGGACGAGUCCGAGGAUGUAUUGGCCCAAAGCCGACCAGCGUCCGGCUACGCCCCAAUCGAGAAGGAUGGCCGGCUGGUGAUGCCGCCGUCCUUGGAGCUCCCGUCACCGGCGGUAAGCCACGAAAAGAUUGCUGUAUAGUUCGAUAAUAAAUUUGUGUCACGAUAGAGAUGGUAUAUAGUUGUAUACUGUAUAUUUAGCAGCGCUGCCAUUUCACGCCGACAAAGACUGGCUGUAACGUGACCACAAAUAAAACGGCCCAUGAAAUGCUUUUUCGUUGAUAUCCUGGCGUCCGCAACACCGGCUCAGCUCGGGACACUACAUCCAAGUAAAAGUAGGUUGACUGCACGACUUGCCCACAACGCAUGGGACUACAAAUAGUCAACGCUUGGCCAAAAAGGGAAGCUGAAACAUUAAGCGGACGUUUUCGACAAGGUGGCUUGGCUACCGUCAAGGAGGCCCUCGCCUGACCUCUGAGCAGAUCUAGAAGUAGACCCUGGGCCCUUCCGGUUGUGGGUGCAUACUGCAUGGUCAUUGCGUGCUAUCCUCGGUCACUAUCGUCAACUGGGUAGCCGUACUCUCCCUCGCCGACUCCGGGCACUGAAGUGAAAAGUACGGGUCGCGACAGCAAACCAGGAUAGAGAAUCCGGAGAAAGGCUCAUUCAUAGUCACCCGGUAACCUCUCAGCGCGACGACGAUUUAAAGGAAGCUUGCCGGAAGUAUUAGCUGCACGCAGUGGGAGAGCCAUCUUCCCUUCUUAGAAGGCGCACUAUAGGGUGGUUAGUGAACGGCUAAUAACGAGCCCUUGCCUUCGCGGCACCGCACAGGGUUGUAGAGACGGAGCGCAUAGGGACGAGCGUGUGUGUUCGUGGAACGAUUGGCCGAUGGUGCAACCACUUGAGGACUCAUUUGAUGAAGCAUGGCAGUGGCACGAUUUCAACCCGCGCCUCCUGAGGUCCCUUUGGUUUUCGUUCCUGAACUGGCAUGUGCAUGCGCAGGUCUCUUACGAUGGCCAGGACCCGACGCUGUCGCCGUAGCCCAAGCGGAAAUCGCGCGGACAGAGUACGGUCACGUUCGGCGAUGCGCAGUCGUACCGCCUCAGGUCGGCCGAGCUGUCGACGAGCGAGAUUCUGGGCCAGGGAUCGCACCAGCUGCGCAUCUUGGCCUGCGCCCAGCUGUCGCUCGGGGCGCUCGCCUUCCACUACCAGUCGAUGCGUCUGCUGGCGCCCCUCGACGCGGUGGACCACUGGUGCAGGCAGCCGCCCGAGUUCGCCAACCUGAGCGCGCAGGCGUGGAAGAACGCCUCCGUUCCCGUGGGUCCCGAUGGCCGCUACAGCACAUGCACCGUCUACAGGUUUCCCUACUCGCACGGCACGGCAGCAGCAGCCACAUCGGGCUCCGCAUCCUUCUCGGUGUUGUGGCCCGGGGUCGUCGCCGGGCCUCGGGGCGAGCUCCCGUGCAGCGACUGGGACUACGACCUGCCUCCGGACGUGCUCACGGCCCUGAACGAGUGGGACCUGGUGUGCUCCAACGCGUGGCUGGUGCUCGCGGCGCGCCUCUACACCUACCUCGGGGGCGUCGUCUGCGCGCCCUUCCUCGGCAAGAUGGCGGACAGAACGGGUCGCAGGCCGGUCCUGCUCGCGUGCGCCGUGCUCGCGGUGGCCGCCGCGGCGUUGACCGUGCACGCGCACUCGUUCCUGCAGGUCGUCCUGCUGCGCAUGGUGGUGGCGGGCUCGCUGAACGGCUUCUCGGUCGUUUCCAUCGUUCUUCUGUUCGAGGUCACCUACGAAGCCAGCAGAAAAUCGAAGAAGAGGCAUGCUGGUGAGACGCCUACACCGUCAACAUCGCGUGUCUCCGAGGCGAGCAUGCUCUUGCCAUCCAACACAUCCACGCCCCUUAUGGAGGCCGUGUCGUCGACGACCAUCUCGAUCGACCCAGGGGCCGACCUGGCUGCCAACCGCAGCGCCACUUCGACGCCCGUGCCCGAGUUCGUUCCCGAGAACGCUACGAUGACCACAACCCGCGGUGCGGCCGGGCCGUGCGGCAAAAGCAGCAGCGUCAUUAGGGACGAGAAACUCGGGUCCAUCGCGCUGGCUGCCGAGGCCUCAGAGAGCACCGGCAUCACGCACGGUGCCACGGAUCCGGAUAUGGCGGCAGCCAUCGAUAUGCGAGAUGUGGACGAGUCCGAGAAUGUAUUGGCCCAAAGCCGACCAGUGUCCGGCUACGCCCCGAUCGAGAAGGAUGAUAGGCUGGUGAUGCCACCGUCUUUGGAGCUUCCGUCGCCGGCGGUCUGUCACGAUGGCCAGGACCCCACGCUGUCGCCGUCGCCCAAGCGCAAGUCGCGCGCACUGAGUACGGUCACGUUCGGCGACGCGCAGUCCUACCGCCUCACGUCGGCCGAGCCGUCGACGAGCGAGAUUCUGGGCCAGGGAUCGCACCAGCUGCGCAUCUUGGCCUGCGCCCAGCUGUCGCUCGGGGCGCUCGCCUUCCACUACCAGUCGAUGCGGCUGCUGGCGCCCGUCGACGCGGUGGACCACUGGUGCAGGCAGCCGCCCGAGUUCGCCAACCAGAGCGCGCAGGCGUGGAAGAACGCUUCCAUUCCCGUGGGUCCCGACGGCCGCUACAGCAGAUGCUCAGUCUACAGGUUUCCCUACUCGCAUGGCACCGCAGCAGCAGCCACAUCGGGCUCCGCGUCCUCCUCGGCGUUGUGGCCCGGGGUCGUCGCCGGGCCUCGGGGAGAGCUCCCGUGCAGCGACUGGGACUACGACCUGCCUCCGGACGUCCUCACGGCCCUGAACGAGUGGGACCUGGUGUGCUCCAACGCGUGGCUGGUGCUCGCGGCGCGCCUCUACACCUACCUAGGGGGCGUCGUCUGCGCGCCCUUCCUCGGCAAGAUGGCGGACCGAACGGGUCGCAGGCCGGUCCUGCUCGCGUGCGCCGUGCUCGCGGUGGCCGCCGCGGCGUUGACCGUGCACGCGCACUCGUUCCUGCAACUCGUCCUGCUGCGCAUGGUGGUGGCGGGCUCGCUGAACGGCUUCUCGCUCGUUUCCAUAGUUCUUCUGUUCGAGGUCACCUACGAAGCCAGCAGAAAAUCGAAGAAGAGGCAUGCCGGUGAGACGCCAACACCGUCACCGUCGCGUGUCUCCGAGGCGAGCAUGCUCUUGCCAUCCAACGCAUCCAUGCCCCUGAAGGAGGCCGUGUCGUCAACGACCAUCUCGAUCGACCCGGGAGCCGACCUGGCCGCCACCCGCAGCGCCACUUCGACGCCGGUGGCCAACGUGGUUCCCGAGAACGCUACGACGACCACAACCCCCGGUGCGGCCGGGCCGUGCGGCAAAAGCAGCAGCGUCAUUGGGAACGAGAAACUCGGGUCCAUCGCGCUGGCUGCCGAGGCCUCGGAGAGCACCGGCACCACGCACGCUGCCACGGAUCCGGACAUGGCGGCAGCAAUUGAUAUGCGAGAUGUGGACGAGCCCGAGAAUGUAUUGGCCCAAAGCCAACCAGUGUCCGGCUACGCCCCGAUCGAGAAGGAUGACGGGCUGGUGAUGCCGCCGUCAUUGGAGCUGCCGUCACCGGCGCUCUCUCAGGAUGGCCAGGACCCCACGCUGUCGCCGUCGCCCAAGCGCAAGUCGCGCGGACUGAGUACGGUCACGUUCGGCGACGCGCAGUCGUACCGCCUCACGUCGGCCGAGCCGUCGACGAGCGAGAUUCUGCGCCAGGGAUCGCACCAGCUGCGCAUCUUGGCCUGCGCCCAGCUGUCGCUCGGGGCGCUCGCCUUCCACUACCAGUCGAUGCGGCUGCUGGCGCCCGUCCACGCGGUGGACCACUGGUGCAGGCAGCCGCCCGAGUUCGCCAACCAGAGCGCGCAGGCGUGGAAGCAUGCCUCCGUUCCCGUGGCACCCGACGGACGCUACAGCAGAUGCACCGUCUACAGGUUUCCCUACUCGCACGGCACGGCAGCAGCGGCCACAUCGGGCUCCGCGUCCUCCUCGGCGUUGUGGCCCGGGGUCGUUGAUGUGCCUCGGGCCGAGCUCCCGUGCCGCGACUGGGACUACGACCUGCCCCCGGACGUGCUCACGGCCCUGAACGAGUGGGACCUGGUGUGCUCCAACGCGUGGCUGGUGCUCGCGGCGCGCCUCUACACCUACCUCGGAGGCGUCGUGUGCGCGCCCUUCCUCGGCAAGAUGGCGGACAGAACGGGUCGGAGGCCGGUCCUGCUUGCGUGCGCCGUGCUCGCGGUGGCCGCCGCGGCAUUGACCGUGCGCGCCGCACUCGUUCCUGCAGCUCAUCCUGCUGCGCAUGGUGGUGGCGGGCUCGCUGAACGGCUUCUCUCUCGUUUCCAUCGUUCUUCUGUUCGAGGUCACCUACGAAGCCAGCAGGAGGUUUCCGCGUUGUGACGUCAGGAGGGAGUACGUGGUCACGUGAGAGCAGGACAUUGCGAUUCUUCGACACUCGCCCAGGCUCACUUGGUGAACUCCCACGCUGCUGCUUGUCAUGAGGCCGAUGCAGGAACAUAUCAGGCGGCCGAGCGAGCCGGAGCUGGUGUCAGAAUCUCGCAAUGUCUCACUUGAGCGUUGUCCACGUCGUGACGUCACCACACGACAGAGGUGAUACCGAAACUGGUGAAGAUUAGAGAGCAGAUGAGUAUACCUGAUAUUUCAGUUGACAUCAAAAGAAAAAGAAAAUGGAGCUGGGUAGGUCACUUAAUAGGGAGGACGGUCUGCCGGUUGUCUAUUAGAGUUAUAGAAGGGCGUGCUAAGGGAAGGUAAGCGCAGUCGAGGACACCCGAGAAUUAUUUGGUGUGAUGAAACGAGGAAAUCUGCAGGCAUAACUUAGAAUUAGCUAGCGCAAGAUAGCGGUAAUUGGAGAUUGCUGGGAGUGCCCUUCAUCCCGCGGUGGACAUAGAAAGCCUGCUGAUGUUGAUGAUGAUUAUGUAAAAGCGCAAUCUUCAAGCCGCCGUCCACUAAGAGUCCCAGACCGAUCCAAUUGGAGAGGUAUUGCCUUGGCCUCCCUCCCCGCCUUCUUAGAUUAGCACUUCACCUCUCCAUGACCCGCCUCCCAGACCUGUACAAAUAGCUCUUCUGGAAAGAUGUUGAGCCCACUUGAACAGUUGUCUGUUGAGAAGAGAGCUCCCCUUCAAGCUACGCUUGAUUCGCUCCUGCCAGAAGUCGCACUGCCAUUUCGACACUUAAUGGCUCGAACAUGUCGCGACAAGCAGCGAAAACGCCUAUCGAUGUGGCCUCACGUCUAGACUCGAACGAG